AUGUCUGGAAUCGGCUCCUCACUGCAGUGCACACACCGCUCUCUCUUCCUGUUCUCAGCGAUCGUUCUCCUCGUCGGGCUGUGCUCCGCUGCUGAGGAAGGCGCCGCGGUCUGUCGUUUCUCCGUAGACCCUCACGCAGAUCACCACCAUCAUGACCACGAGCAUGACCGUAGUCAUCACCAUGAUGGUCACAACCACGGCUGUCAGAGCGAUCGCGGAGGCGCCGCCCGCUGUGGCCAUGACGGUCCUCAACCCCGAGUCCGGAUGCUUCCAGAGGAGCUGGCGGAAGAGGAGGAUCUAAAUCUGGAAGGGUGUGCGAACAUGGGUUCUUUGCAUCACCACCACAAUCAUCACCAUCACAACCAUCAUCAUCACGAAGCUUCGAAGUUGUCUGCCCUAGGUAACGCGUGGAUAAAGACACCCCGUUGUCUUUGCUCGAGAAAUUUCACGGUUUCUGACUGGGAUUUACAAUUGGGAUAUUUUGAAGGUCUCUGGGUACAAGCGAUGGGCUGUUCGCUGCUCGUGAGCAUGGCAUCACUGGUCUGCCUCAUUCUUCUUCCUCUAUUCUUUUGUGAGCAUUCCAAUCGUUCCCACUUCUCAACUGUUCCUUCCCUUCCCGCAACCAAUAGCCAAAGAGGCUCAUAACAUCCACUGUAAUCGGAGGCGUUAUUAUCGAUACUUUGGCAAUGAAAAAAUUAUUGUUUUCCUCGCAGUUAAGGGGAGACCAUCCAAGCUAUUGGUGGAUUCACUGGCUGUAUUUGGGGUUAGUCUAUUGCAAGCUCUUUGCUAGAUAUCUUUUGUUUUUUGGGCUUCACCUCGAGUCCCCAUUGUAUACCUUUCGGCGUUGCUAUCAUGCUGCUCGGUUUUCAGUGUGAAGUUAUUUAACCUGCAAUAUUUCUUUGUAUUAAAGCUAUGAAGCUGGAAGAAUCCGGAUGACAGAUAUUUCCAAGAGCAUCAUCAGUGUGUAGAUACGUGUUUCAAUCACGUUAAUUUUUAUGUAGCUUAGAUUUCUAAAUCAGGCAACAAUACAUCAGGGGUUUGGAAGGAAUAAGAUGAAUACAAAAAAUUAUCUUGGAAUGAAAGGAAUAACAUUGCAAAAUUUGGGUGGGUACGCUGCACCGAAACAAACAAGGUAACAAAUUAUACCAGGAGGGACCCGUCUUAUAUCAGGUUGGGAACUUGCUUAACGCAGAUUAGCUUCAGUCUGGUUCAGUUUAUGAGACCAAACCCGACCCUAGUUGAUCUGAAAUAUUGUUUACACUAAUUCAUAAUGUCAAAUUUAUUGAUUGCACCGUAUAUAUUUCUUUAAUCAUUGAGGGGUCAAAUUAAUUGAUUUGAAUUUCCAAUCCAAGUCUGGUGCUGAGUGUCAAAGAACUACGAUUCUUGAUUUAUGAUGUGUUUUAAUUUUUUUUUCUUUCUUUUUUAAAAUAUUAUUCCAGUGAAUCUUCAUUAUCUCAACUUAUUUUUAUGACUUAUUUCAUCAUCUACUAGUUUAGAAGUGCUAUUUUCCUUGAAUUCUUGAUUGUAGACUUUAUAUACUUCAUUGAUGCCAUCAUCUUGAAUGCCUUCUAACAGAAUUUAGCAUGGUUUCUAACCACCUCAGGUCCCUAAUUUGGAUGUCAAAUGUAAAAGAUGUUUACAAACCUUUCAGAAUUUCUAUUAAUGGAUAUUAAAAUAAUUGACUAUUAUGAAUGAAAAUUUCCAUGCUUUUAAUCUGUCAUUUCUUCUAGUAAUUUCUGUUCCUUUCUUUCACGGCUGAUGCUAGGCACAGCUCACGAGUAAGCACAAAAAAAUGGUGCUUCUUUAGCACAAUGGCUUAGACUUAAAGAUGCUAAUUUGCCUAGCCUGCCUUAGAUGGAUAUAUACUUUUUCCUAGCAUGUAAUAAUACCUGUUAAUGUAGAUAUUGAUUCCUUCCCUUAGGUCGAGGCUGUUGCAUUAACAGCUGUGGUUCCCAUUAAUGUGGGAAGGCAGAUAGUUGAGAGUUUUGAGUUUACCAAAACCUAUUACUAACCCUUAAAGAUUUGUUUUUUCUUUAUUCUUACAUAUCAGUCAUUUCUGGGAAAAAUGUGCUGCAUCAUGCCGACACGACUUAUUUGAAGUUGAAAAAGUAAAUAUUUCAUUGGGUUUCAAGAUUUUGUUAAAUUUGAAGAUUUUAAGAUCCACUUGGGUGAAAACAGGUGAUAUUUUAGUAGGUAAAUUAAUGCCUCAGAUAGCAAACGAAUGCAAAGUUGUGACUGUAAGCAAAGUUGUCACUUCCUGGUUAGUUUUACUAUUGGUUCUCAAGCAAUGCCAACUCUAUGGAAAGGUUUUAUCUAAUAUCACGCUUUCUUGUAUUGUGUUCCUACGAACUUUUACUCAUUUAAAUAGUAGGCAAGAUAUCAUUGAAUUCUAAUGCAACGCCAGAUUUUUAGAAAGUUUUCAUCUAAUUCUCUCACCAGUCACAAGUUACCAGAUGAACUUGUAUUUGGUUGCUUGGAACUUUAACUCAUUUAAAAGUCAACAACGUUAUAUGUUUAGAUAGUGAAAAAGAAAACGGUUUUCUUUCAUUUGCGUGUGUUAAGUUUUUUUGGCAGUCAUGAGUUAUUUUUUCAAUGCCUAAGGAGAAAAAGUAUGUCUUUUUUCCUGUAUAAUGAUACCCUUUUAAUCGUACUCUUUUGAAAAUUUGAGUGCCAUCCAUAGUUGUUGUGUUGUUAAGAUUAUAGUGUUUUCCUUGCUGAAUAGAGUAUAAAAUUUUUGUCUUCUCCAAAGUUGCUUUCAUAAUAAACCGGGGUAAAAGGAGCAAACUUCUUUUUUCACGUUAAAAUCUUUGACACUGAUUUCCUUGUACAGGCAGGGGCAAUGUUGGGGGAUGCUUUUCUUCACCAGUUACCUCAUGCCUUUGGUAAGAUUCAUUCUUCAUGAUUAUUUUACUCUGGUCUUCGUUUUUACAUUCAUACUCAAGCUUACUGGGGUUAAAUUUGACUUCUUAUUUGACUUGAAUGCUGAAAAUUACUAUUUCAACUUCAAUUCUUGUGAUUGGUAAGUCUGAGGACUUUAAUGCAUUAUGAUUUGAAUUGUUCCCCUGCAGGGAUAAUAUAAACUACAACAAUUAUGAUUUGAGCUAUCAAAUUACGCCUUUGAACCAUGGAUUCAAUACAUAUGACUCGACUAUUGGAUUACCUCAUAGGACUACAGAGAGACUAAGAAUCAUGUUGUGGAGGCAGUGUAUCAUCAAAAUGGGCACUUGAUGAGAAAUAUAGAUUAUAGAAUGUCUUAUUUGUGUAGAGACAAGUAGAGGACGUUAUCUAUUGAAAAUUAAUUAAUUGCUUAAACUGGAACAUCCGACGGUGUAUCAUCUCACAGGGUUUUCUUUUACAGAAUUCUCAUUAUAUUCAUCGAAAGUAUGACUAGAUGGACGAUUGAGUGGCUCCCGUCUGUUAAUUGUUUUUGGCUUGCCACUUGACUGUAGAUUGCCAAUGCAUAAAGUCCAAUGGAUUUGUAGAAGAGUUGGAUUAAUGAAAUGGUAGGGUAUUGCAUUUGGUAGAGGGCUACAUUCAUCGACGUAGUAUUGGGAGCAAUGCAAAAAUCUACUUUGGUUUUGCAUCAUUCUUCUUUCAUUAUUCUUCCGACUGAAUGAAAUAGGCGCAGUUGAUCUUGGUGUAGAGGCAUCAUUGACUGAAAAGAUGUGGAUAUGAUGGAAUGGUAGCAGAAACAUCGAUGGAUAUUUGUGAACAGUUACAGAUCUAUGAGGCAAGGGUUGGAAAAUGGAUACAGAGGUCGAAACAGUUGUUAUGCAUAUUUAUGAGAGAGCAUUUAUCUUACCAAUGAUUUAAAAAAUGUAAUCUCUUCCCAUAUGUAAUUCAUGGAAUCUCUUUUCUCCAGUAAACGGUUUUUGAAGCUUCUGUUCACUGCUUGGAGAUUGUACAUUUGCAUUUAUGAGAUGAUAGCGGAAGAAUCUAGGUUUGAUGCGAAAACCUGUAGAAAAUAACAGAUUAGUUCUUUAAGCUAUUUCUUUUAAUAAAGGUCAAGCAAGUAAAACUUAGCUCGUAAAUUAGGAAAGCCAAAUGAGCUUUGGGAUGUCUGAAACUGUGUGAUGUGAUGGUCUCAGCCUGAGUUCUUUCCGCACGUGACAUAGUGCAUUUCGAGAGUAUAAAUCUGCAAACAACCUAGUUUAGUCACGUGCGUGUCAACAUUAGUUUCUGUAGUGUGAGCACUAAUGUAGACCUUAAAGAAUCGCUGUGUUUUGAGCAGAGAGUCUCAAUAUCUCUUGAUAAGUUUAGUUAUCAUGUUGCAUGUGACUUCCAUGUCAGGUGCUCACACUCAUCUUCAUUAUCUGUACUUAUGUUCUUGCACGUGACUUAGACUAAGCUCAUGGGAGCAUGCUUUUUUUAAUAGCUAACAUAAUGCCGACUCCAGUUUUGAUUCUGUGGGUACUGUUAAGGCAGAGUCUGAUCUAUUGGAAUAUGGUUUCCAAUGCUAAGAAUCAUUAUCUCCUUUGGCUUCUGGUGGCAGUUGAUUUCCUCUUCAAUUUAACGUUUAAAGGGGGGACAUCUGUUGUAGAAUAAGCUUAUGGGAAAUGUGCAACCCCUUGCUCGUUGGGUACCUUUUGUACCACCCGGAAAACCAUCGUUUAUCCCUGGGUAGCGCAGAAUUCGCUUAGUUUCAGAAUCUUUUAUGAAGACGUUUUUCACUCUUUGUUACUUUUUGUGUGGUAAAAGUGAUGUCAAGAUAAUUUCCUUUUCAUGUUGAUCUUGAUACAUAUACACCGAGUAAACAAUUCUCUUGGACAUGUUUUCACACAUUCUUUUCAGUUCUCUCAGUGUUAUUUGUUUUCGAUGUCUCCUUUUGCUUAUGCUUUAAUCUGUUACAUUUUUGAGGAAAUGUUUCUAUUUAAGGUGGCGAAGACUCACAUGGGCAUGAUCAUCACGAGGACUAUUCUCAUAAUAAUUCUCAUAGAGUGGAAGGUUCUCAUUCUCAUUCUCUGAAAGAUCUUUCUGUUGGACUGUCAGUUCUUGGUAAGAUAAUUUCCUCCUCAUACGAAAAGUAUGGUGUGAAUAUAUGGCCAAAAGCCAAACUUUCAUCGUAUUUCAUUGUUAUCUUUCUUUUGUGGGUGUCUUCCAGGAGACAUUUUCGGCAUCUUCUAUUGGAAAUAUUUACUGAACUGUAGAUGCAAAGAGAGUGUAGAAAUAAAUAGUACUAUUUUUAUAAGUUCCACAUCGGUUCCAUUCCACUUUCCUUCUCUGUCAAUCCAAUGCUCAUCUUUAAAGAUGUAGCAUUUACUCCUGGGGCAACUUCCAGCUUUUGUUGAAAUGAAACUUCCUGUCAACAUUAGUUUCUGUCAUUUAAAUUUAAUUACGUUAAAAUUAGAUAUAUUUCAUUGCCUAAUUUCCAGUUUAACGUGAGAAGUGUGCUAAAUCAGGUUUAUCUUCAUGCAGUUUAAAUUUGAAUAUAUUGCUUUAUGUAUCGUCUAGUAAUAGUCUCGGAUUUAACAUAAGCUAAAUUUAAAAUUUGCUGAUAAAUUGGAAGGAAAAGAACUAUAUCGUGCAUAAAGUUUUUUAUUCAAUGCAUGCAAGCUAAUACUGACAGUAGUUGUCAAGUGUGAUCUGAAACGCAAUACUAUUAUCUCUGGUAGCAUAAUAAAUGAUUUUUGAAUCUAAGUAAUAAAAAUAAUAUCCAUUUUUAAUAAUGAAAAUGAUAGCAGACGAUUGAUAUUAUGUGCCUUUACAUCGAUGUUGGGUUUUUUCUGUCAAUGAAAUUCAUGGGUAGUAGUAUGCUAUUUUCAAUAGCCUGCUGAGUGAGAGCAUGACUUAUUGCCAUAUAACAGCUUUCUUGUGCCAUAUGUACUACUUGACUUGAUCCUUCCCAACUCAUCUUGAACUAGUUGGUCUGUUUCAAGGAAAAAUGGUAUUUUGGAUAUCUUACACCCUCAAUUCAACUUUAGGUUACGUUAGACUUGGGUUGGUCCACAGUGUCAAGUGCUGGCUUAGGAGGAACCCAACUUGAUCCAAUCAAAUAAGAAAAGUUGAAAAACGAAGACCGAGAGAAUCAAUACCACAUCAAAGCAGAUUGCAUGUAAGGCUAACCACGAAUCUCCCGCAGCUAUGACAAUUUCCAUCCUCUUUGACGUGAAAAAGAAAUAUGCAAUAAUUUUCCUAAUCCUUUUUUGGAUGCCAUUAAUGGUCAUGUUUUCAAUGAUUGGGCUUAAUUAUUUAAAUUGGCUAAUUGGCCUUUUCAGCUGGUAUUCUUCUUUUUUUACUUGUUGAGAAGAUGGUGAGAUACAUUGAACAUAUGUCUGGAGAGGAUGGACAUGUGUGGCGCCAUGCGCACCAUCACCAUCGCCACCACGACCAGAGCAGUAAUAAGAAGCAUGAUGACAUUACUAGCAGUCUUCAGAAGUCAGGUCUACGUGACAAAGAAAAUAAAACAUCAAAAAGAAAACUGUCAAGUACUUCUCAAGAUUCCUCUUUAAAUAAGGUAUUAAUGGACAUGUGUCAGAAAACUUGUUUUAUUUAGUGUUUGAUGUGAUAUCUGUCGUUUCUUGUAUCUCUAAAUUUUGACAUCUGAAAUGUUAUCAUCAACCAAUGAAUGGGUGCCAUUCUCGUUCUUUCAUUUCUUUGCCAACUACACAAAGUGCUUUUUCUUUUUUUGCAUUUGAUGACGUUCAGAUUAUACACUUACUGCAGUUGGAUGUUGCCCAGAUUGUAGUUAAUAGUGUUUUUUCCUGAAUUCGGCUUACUAUUGUCUUCGAAGUGAUGUAAAUUCUUGGUUUCUUGCUUCCUUGAUUUCCAUGGCGUCUGUGUUUCUGUUUUGUCCAUCGCUAGAUUUAUUACCAUUUGCACUUCCAAGCAUGUCACCAGUGACGAAGUAAUGCUUCAUUAAAUUGCAUGCCAGAUUUUUUGUCCGAAAAUUAGGGGCGUAGGAGUGGAAAAAAAUUGGUUUUGGUUCUUUAGUUUCUUCGUUCAGGACUUUUCUGUUCAAUCUGGCCGGGUACUAUGAAUACUCUGCCAAUGAAAUAGUAUUAUUUCGAGGACUAUGAUAAAUUUGAAAGAGGCUUAUGGUGUUUACCUAUUAGGAUUGGUAACAUCACGCCGUUUUCUUCUGUCUGAGCCAAGUUUUAAAACCUGGUACAUUAUUGAAGUCAUUUGAAGGGCCGUGGUUGAUAUAGGUUCUGUUAACUGUGUUAUCAGAUCCAGAUGCAUUCGAUAUAGGUCCUUAAAUAAGUUGUUGCCUGUUCGCAUGGACUGUUACUAGUUUGAUAGGUAUCAAACUAGUAAUAGUCCAAUAAGAGUCAGUAUACUGGUCCCAUCAACAACAUCUUGUUGGAAAGGAAUGAAUAUUGCAGUGUAAAAGAAUACUUCUAAUCAGUCCCUUUCUAUACGUCUGGUUUCACUUAUUUUUUCCUGAACAAAAUUGUUUGACAUUUGUUUUGUCAAGGAUCUUAGUUGGACUCUGUUUUUCACGCAUUCAUUAACCUUUGCAAAAUGGAAGACAAAUAGACACCUCUCUUGAUUGACCAGAAUUAGAGUCCUGCAUUCUUUCAUGAAAUUCUCAUUUACUUCCACCUUUCUUUUGACAGACUGAAGUUAGGUUAUUUAAAUCCAUUCUAGUCUUUUUUGGCCAUGGGCUUGUGAAAUGUCUACAUUCAGUGACUAGAAUGUGCACUGACGGCCUUCUGUCUAUAUGGCAGGCACAGGGAGUUAUCUCUGGUGGUGAUUCUAAUGUCAGAAAAGAUCUGACUGCUACAGACAGCUUGGUUAAGGAAAAAGGACCUUCAAGUGAGAUGCUCCCUAGUUCAAAGUCAAGCUUAGUAUUUGGUUACCUCAAUCUCUUCUCUGAUGGUGUUGUAAGACUGUUUUCCAUGUUGUAAUUCUCUAAGAUUUAUUUGCUUGAUUUUUCUCGAAUACUUUUUUUUUCAGUGUUGGUUUACAAUUAUGUGAAAUAAGAUCCACUCUACCUGAUUUACGCAGCACAACUUCACUGAUGGAAUGGCUCUAGGAAGUGCCUUUUUACUUCACGGUUCUGUUGGAGGAUGGUCCACCACAUUAUUCCUGCUUGCACAUGAACUUCCCCAAGAGGUCUGUUUGCCUAUCUUCAUCUUUUCUUCUCUCCCUUUGACUUUCAACAAUGAGAGAUGUCUUAUGGCCUGAAGAGCUCAUCAUCAUUAUUUUCAUUAGCAGACUCGGCACACUUUCAUGAUUCUAGCAAAAUUAUACAUACUACAUCUUCAGGCCUUCUGAGCAGAGCUGUACAGAAGUGCCUUAGGAUUAUAUUCCCUUCUUAACGUCUAAAUGCUUUCAGGUUGGUGAUUUUGGUAUCCUGGUGCGCUCAGGGUUCAGUGUCUCAAAAGCUCUCUUCUUCAAUUUUCUCUCUGCAUUAGUUGCGUUGGCAGGAACUGCACUGGUACGUGAGAUGAGGAUUCGCUCCUUCUCUCCCUUUGCUGUGAUUUUUCGGCAUUAAAAUUUACCAGACGGUAAAAGGAUGCUAAAGGAGAGAACAACAUAUGAAUUCCCGUUUUAACCAAAUAAAUGAACGGUGCACCUCAGACUGUUCUUGUUUGAUCGUAGGCUUUACUUCUGGGGAAAGAUCCAGGGCAUUCCUCUCUGAUUGAGGUGAAAAUUUGUCUUCUCAGGUUUACAAAGAUUCACACGUUUAACAACAUCAGCCUUCACUGACACGCGAAUCUGUGCAGGGAUUUACAGCUGGCGGCUUCAUUUACAUUGCAGUUGCAGGGGUCCUUCCAGAGAUGAACAAUGGGAACUCAACCAUAAAGGGUAGUGCUCUUCAGAUAACCUCAUUCAUCUUGGGGAUGGCCGUGGCCCUCUGCAUUUCUCUUAUUGAGUAA